ACGUCAACAUAAAAUUGAUAACACUAUUCUGAAACGGGUCAUACUUUGACCCGUUGAAUUCUUCCUUUGAACAAAAAAAACAAUAUCUUAUCUUAUUUAAGUUUUACCGGUCAACCUAAAUUAUAAUAAUAAUAUUUUUAUCCAUUUUGACUUUCCAACUUCAACGUAUAAAUAGCCACCGUGUCCUCCAGAUCAAACACAAACACAUAACAAUGGAUUACAUCGACAACACCGGCGAAACUCAAUCAAAGUACAAAGGCAUCCGUCGCCGGAAAUGGGGGAAAUGGGUAUCGGAGAUUCGAGUUCCGGGAACUCGCGACCGUCUCUGGUUAGGCUCAUUCUCCACGGCGGAAGGCGCAGCCGUGGCGCACGACGUGGCUUUCUACUGUUUACACCAACCAAACUCGCUCGAGUCUCUCAACUUCCCUCACUUGCUUCCUCCUUCCAUAGUUUCCAAGACCUCGCCGAGGUCUAUCCAGCAAGCUGCUUCUAAUGCCGGAAUGGCCGUUGACGCCGGAAUCGUUAACAGUGAUCACGCGUCAGGGAACUCUGGGAAUGGAGAUACAACGACGGCGUAUUAUGAGAAUGGAGAUACAGCUACUCAAAAGAAACAGUGAUGGAGCCUGGUGUGUCAGCAAACAAAGCGUUGUGAAUAUAAAUACGUUUAUGUUUCGCUGUCGGCCCAAUUCAAAAAACUUUUGUUGUACGAAUAUAUAUAUUUAUAUUUUAUAUUUUAUUCAAGAGAAUUAUAAUGCGAGUGAAGCUUUGUUUCAGACAAUAAUUUAUACGUUUUGUUUUGUUGCGUCUAUGAAAUAUCUGGAAACGCUUUUGAAAUA